GCCUCCUCCUUCCCGGUUCACCCGGAGCGGUCCGAUUCAACUCUCCUCCCUCGUUAUAUAAUGCUCGCUUCUCCUCUCCCUCGUAAAGGCGCCCGGAGAAGAAAGAAAGAGGUGGAGCGGCGAUGGGCUCGGCGGUGUUCGAGAUGGGACUGGAGUUGGAGCUGUGCGCCACCCGGGUCGUCGGCGACUUCGUGAAGGAGGUGUCGGCGAUCGAGAGCGGCGGCAGCGGGCGGGCAUCGAGGCUCGAGGAGUCCAUCAAGUUCUUGGAGGAGGAAAAGCGAAAGAUCGAGGCUUUUAGACGCGAGGUCCCCAUCUGCAUGCGUCUUCUUCGCGAGGUGAUCGAAAGGUUGAGGAUGGAGAUCGAGCGGUGCCGCUGCGAGAGUUUUGGACAUGUAUUCGAGGAAUUCAUGCCUCUUAAGAGUAAAGUCGAGGACGAUGGAGGGGUAAAAGUGGAAACGGAUUGCAGAGAUAAGAUGAACUGGAUGAGUUCCGUCCAACUCUGGAGCGAUAAUUACAGUGAGAACGAUGACGAAGAGAAGAUCGUGUCGAAUGAGCAAGAUGGAGCGGUGGAUCACAGACAGGGGAAGGGGAAGUCUCUAGAAUGCAAGAGCCGGAGCAGCGGGGUCGAGUUCCUGCCAUUUAAAGCUUUAUCGCCUCUUGCUGCGAGCUCCGAGGAGGAGGAGGAGAAGCCCGCUUCUGCGUUGCCUGAGCUCUCGCUGCAAUCACCGGCGAUCAACAGAACCCUUGACCUUGUAACUCCGGUCGCUUUGGGUGACCACCGAGGCUUCGGUGGUUUCAGAAAAGCCACUGAGUGGGUGCCUGCGACCCUUGGCUUGCAGUCACGGCUGCAACCACCGAGGAAGGCGAGGAGGUGCUGGUCGCAGGAACUGCAUCGCCGGUUCGUCCUCGCCAUCCAACAGCUGGGUGGCGCCCAAGUGGCUACUCCCAAGCAGAUACGAGAACUGAUGAAGGUGGAUGGGCUCACAAAUGAUGAAGUGAAGAGCCAUCUGCAGAAAUACCGAUUGCACACUGAAAGGGUCCACGCUCAAAGGCUUCCUAAUGCUGUGGCUACGGCAGAUCGAGCAGUUGUGGUUUUAGGAGGCCUAUGGGAUCGUGAGGAACAAUACACUAGUUCCUCACAACAGAGUUUUUCGCAAUCUGGGUCGCCGAUGAGCCCAUUUCAGUUAGCUGGCUCUAGAUGAGCUCUGGCUAGAGAUAGCUUUGAGGAAAAUGGCAAAUCAGAGAGCUAUAGCUGGAAAUUUGGAGGCUUUCCAGUACUCGGUGAAGGAGAUCAAUGUGUAGAGAGA